CUGCUCUCUCUCUCUCUCUCUUACUACCCACAAAUCGCACAAGGUUUGUAAUUGUAAGGCUUGUUUCUAAAUUCUAAUGCAGUGGCUGAGUUUUGAUUGAAAACCCAUCCAAGAGAUCAACAUUUGGAUCAAAUUAGGAAACUUGAUUAUCCUGAGGAGAACUGGAACUCAUACUAAAAAAAUUGGUGUUAGAGGUUUGGUUGUAGACUGAGCGUAUGCCUGUGACCAAGUACAACGGCAAUUCAGGCAUCCCCACGAGUAGAUUAGAAAGGCUCUUGAGAGGAAGAGAGCAAAGAAGGAGCAACAGGGCUUCUCAUUCAAAUGAGGCUACUGACACUAACAAUGGAAAAGAGCUCUCUGACCAUGAAUUGCGCUUAAGAGAAGGCAAUAACUUGGGGGUUAACCAUGUGGAACAAUAUUUGGAAGGGGCCUUGGCUGCACAUGCACAUGGUGAGGGAUGGGAGACACCAGAUGGGAAACCCUUCAGGCAAAGACUGUUAGUGGUGGCCAACAGGCUGCCGGUCUCUGCAGUUAGGAGAGGUAAGGAGUCCUGGUCAUUGGAGAUAAGCGCUGGGGGUCUAGUCAGUGCUCUUCUGGGUGUGAAGGAGUUUGAGGCAAGAUGGAUAGGGUGGGCUGGUGUUAAUGUGCCAGAUGAGGCCGGACAGAGGGCACUUACUAAAGCUUUGGCUGAAAAGAGAUGUAUUCCUGUAUUCCUUGAUGAAGAAAUUGUUCACCAAUAUUAUAAUGGCUAUUGCAACAACAUAUUAUGGCCUCUUUUUCAUUAUCUUGGACUUCCGCAAGAGGAUCGUCUCGCCACUACCAGAAGUUUUCAGUCUCAGUUCGCUGCAUAUGUGAAAGCAAAUGAAAUGUUUGCUGCAGUGGUAAACCAGCAUUACCAAGAGGGUGAUGUUGUUUGGUGCCAUGAUUACCACCUCAUGUUCCUUCCAAAAUGCCUGAAGGAGCACAACAGUGAUAUGAAAGUUGGUUGGUUUCUCCACACACCCUUUCCUUCUUCAGAAAUCCACAGGACGCUGCCAUCCCGAUCAAAGCUGCUGCAUGCUGUUCUUGCUGCUGACUUGGUUGGUUUCCACACCUAUGACUAUGCAAGGCAUUUUGUUAGUGCUUGCACUCGUAUACUUGGCCUUGAAGGUACACCUGAGGGGGUGGAGGACCAAGGAAGGCUGACUCGUGUGGCUGCUUUUCCUAUUGGAAUAGAUUCAGAUCGAUUUAUCCGUGCACUUGAGUUUCCUCUAGUCCGGGAACACAUCAGAGAACUAAAAGAAACAUUUGCUGACAGAAAGGUAAUGUUAGGUGUCGACCGCCUUGAUAUGAUUAAAGGAAUUCCCCAAAAGAUACUGGCAUUUGAAAAGUUUCUAGAGGAAAACCCAACUUGGCACGAUAAAGUGGUUUUAUUGCAAAUUGCAGUGCCAACAAGAACAGAUGUUCCUGAAUAUCAGAAACUUACAAGCCAGGUUCAUGAAAUUGUUGGGCGCAUUAAUGGCAGAUUUGGGACCUUGACUGCUGUUCCUAUACAUCAUUUGGAUCGUUCUCUUGACUUUCCUGCAUUAUGUGCACUCUAUGCUGUUACUGAUGUAGCACUUGUCACAUCUUUGCGGGAUGGAAUGAAUCUCGUCAGCUAUGAGUUUGUGGCCUGCCAAGAUGCAAAGAAAGGGGUUCUCAUUCUUAGUGAAUUUGCAGGUGCCGCACAGUCUUUGGGUGCUGGAGCAAUUCUUGUCAACCCCUGGAACAUAACUGAAGUUGCCACUUCAAUUGGCACUGCUUUGAAUAUGUCAGCUGAAGAAAGAGAGAAGCGACAUCGACUUAACUUUGCACAUGUGACAACUCAUACUGCUCAAGAAUGGGCUGAAACUUUCGUGAGUGAAUUGAAUGAUACCGUUGUUGAAGCUCAGCAAAGGACAAAACAAGCUCCACCUCCACUUCCAGUCAAUGAUACAAUCGAACAUUACUUGCAAUCUAACAAUAGAUUGCUUAUACUGGGAUUCAAUGCAACUUUAACUGAAGCCGUGGAUACUCCAGGAAGAAGACGAGGAGAUCAAAUUAAAGAAAUGGAACCUAAAUUGCGUCCAGAGCUAAAAGCACCUCUAAUGGCACUGUGCAAUGAUCCAAACACAACUAUUGUUGUCCUCAGUGGAAGUGCCAGAAGUGUCUUAGAUGAAAACUUUGGUGAGUACAACAUGUGGCUGGCAGCAGAAAAUGGGAUGUUUCUUCGCUUUACUAAGGGAGAAUGGAUGACAACAAUGCCGGAGCAUUUAAAUAUGGAAUGGGUUGAUAGUGUUAAGGUACGCGUUUCUCUUUCCAUUUCUAUUCCCGCUUCCACAAUUCUGAUGCUUUCCACACGUUUUCAGCAUGUUUUUGAGUACUUUACGGAUAGAACACCUCGAUCUCAUUUCGACCCCCGUGAAACAUCACUUAUAUGGAACUAUAAAUAUGCAGAUGUUGAAUUUGGAAAACUGCAAGCCAGGGAUAUGCUGCAACAUCUCUGGACAGGCCCAAUUUCUAGUGCAUCUGUUGAUGUUGUCCAAGGUAGCCGUUCUGUUGAGGUGCGAGCAGUUGGUGUUACGAAGGGAGCUGCAAUUGAUCGUAUAUUGGGAGAGAUAGUUCACAAUAAAUCCAUUUCAACACCAAUUGACUACGUCCUGUGCAGUGGACAUUUUCUAGGGAAGGAUGAGGAUGUGUACACAUUUUUUGAGCCAGAGCUCCCGUCCGACACAAUAGGUAUUCCAAGAACCAAGGUACCUGAUGCAUUAAAGCUACCGGGGGAGAGAAAGCCGCCUUUGAAGCUUCCAGCAAGCAAAAGUGGCUCUAAAUCAUCUCACAGCAAAACUCAACGACCCCUGCCAAACGUGGACAAGAAAACCAACAACCACAACUGUGGGAGCGGGAGGCGGUCAUCGGCAGAAAAGAUUUCGUGGAAUGUGCUCGAUCUCAAGGGGGAGAAUUACUUCUCUUGUGCUGUUGGGCGCAAACGUACCAAUGCUCGGUAUGUCCUUGGAUCAUCAGAUGAUGUUGUCUCGUUUCUGGAGUUACUGGCUGGGGCAUCUGUCUCAAGCUCGGUAUCAUCAGGUUGACAUAUAUCAUCAUGCUCUUGUAUAUUGUGAUGCAUCUGAUUUUGGAUUAUAGGGAUGGUGGUCUAUGGGAAUCUUUGUAGCAAAGCUUUAAUGGGGGUAAAUUUGAUGUAGCAAACUGAAAGCAUCCAAACAGUCACUUUUUUUUUUCUUUUUUCUUUUUCUUAGGAACCAAACAGUAAUGUUAAAAAGAUAGGAUAUGCAUAUAGGAUCACAGUGUUUUUUAAGUGUCAAUGCUCUCUCUGCCUUUUUCCUUUGGAUGGAGGUGUGUAUUUCUUUUGAAAUGAUGACUGUGUGUAAAUAAAUGUAUAAAUAAAAUAAAUAGAGGAAAUUAAAUAAUUUA